AUCAUGAGCUUCGUGGCAGAGCUGUUGGAGUGGUUCGAGGUCAAGAAGCCUGAUUUCGUUCAGCCGAUACAACCCAUCGACCUCACAGACAUCUCAGGCUUCCUGGACUGUACAAGUCCUGUCAGUGGAAACAGCAACAGUGGCUCUCCGUCCUUUAUCUUCAAACAACCCUUCGUGCCCAUCUCCUCUCCAGUGACACCGGAAAACAAAAGUUGGACAAAGAAACAAAUCAGUCGUCCUCUGUCAGCAGUGACUUUCAGCAUCCCAUUUGGGCUGGACAGUGAUGUUGACAUUGUCAUGGGAAACACAAUAGAUUCUGUCUUUCGCUCCGUCAGCACUGACAGCCUAACCACCGGCAUCCCUGCAAUGACCUCACCGGUGACUGCAGCAGGGAUGACCCGUGUCCCGUACAGCCCUCCGGAGGACCUCAGCCACCUGGUCAGCGCCUCGGCCCCAUCGCAGAACUCGUCCUGGGGACCGUACGCUCACACGGCUCCACUAGGGGAGCUGCCAACUAUCGAGGAGGCGCUACAGGUGGUUCAUACUCCCAACAGCAAAGAUCGGAAGAAGGGAAGGACGCCAGAGAAGGUUGGAAGAGGGGUGUUCGGAGGACGGCCAGAGCCCAGGUUACGCCCCGAGGGAGCUCCUGCUGGUUUUUUCCUGCACUCCCCUGAGGAAGAUAAUCAACAGCUCAGUAGCUCUGCUCCCUGUCGAUCUGGGAUCCUCUACCGGCCGGCCGGCGGAGAAGCAGGUGACACUGAAAGGCAAGGAAGGGGAAAGAGGAGGGAGAGAUCAGGGCGGAGCUCUGAUAUGUCACGUGAUGACGAUUCUGUUCUACGAGAUGGCAGCGUCGACUCCUCCGAAGCAUCGGACGAGAAUGGUCCGAGAAAUGUGCCUGGUAACAUUCGACCCAGUAAUGGUCGCCACGGAAACCACAGCAACAGCAAUAGUCCAAGAAUGACGAGCUUUGCUGAGCGUCGAGACAACAGAAGAAGACAUCCUGCUGCUGCUGGAGAGGAGUCAGCCUCUGCUGCGACACCAACAACCCCAGGAACUCCACAUACGCCAUCAACCCCAGCGGGAGCACCUGGCCGCCAGGACAGCCCGGGUCCCAGGGGCCCCGAACCAGGCUCUGAGGCCUGGGAGUUGGGCGCUCGUCUGGAGGAAAAACGGAAAAGCAUCGAAGCCCAAAAAAGACGCAUUGAAGCCAUCUUUGCCAAACACAGACAGAGGCUUGGAAAAACUGCUUUCCUCCAACUAAAAAAAGAGCAAGGAGGAGGGGAGGGAGCAGGGGAGGAUACUCUCAGCCUGGAGGAGCGCCUCACACACAUGGAGGAGCAACUGAAAAAGGAGGAGGAGAAGGAGGAGAAAGAAAAAGAUGGAGAUAAGGAAAAAGAGAAACCUUCUGUUUCCAACCCUCCUCGGUUAGAGAAGCAGGUUACAUUCUCUAUUGAAAGCAAGAAAGGGGCAGAAAAGGAGAAAGCAGGUGAAGCUGUCAUUGUGGAAUAUAACGAAGUGGUGCAGAAACUGAGUGAAGCUCUGCAGUCGCUGCAGAAGGACAUGCAGAAACUUACAGAUCAGCAACAGCAGCUCAUGAGCAACCAAAGACCCAGGAAUACAUCCAAGACCAUUGCAAAGUCAACAGCUAGGAGUAACCUCAAAACUCCUCCCAAAACUCCUCCCCACACUCCAACCAAGACACCGCCGAGAACCCCGACAAAGACUCCCACCAGGACCAACACUAAAGCUUGGGUGAUCCCUGCUACUCCCAGUCUCCCCUCUGCCUCCUCUCCGUCACGACGUUCUCACACUCUCUCGCCCAACUCGCCACAAACUAUCAUCUCUUCCUCCUGCCCCGCUCCUCGCACCAAGAUUCACUCGUCCUCCACGCCUCGCAGCCCCAAACAUCAGCAGCGCCCCCAACAUCAACGCCCCCAUCCACGGCCUUCCGAACUCAAGUUCCCUCCACUCAAUCGCGUCUUGUCGACGACCCAGACUGUCGACAACCUCCCCCACUUGCGCCGUGUAUCCCCCAGCAAGUGUCAGGUUCAGACCUCGUCUUCCUUUCGUAUUGGUGGUCCAAAGACUCCUCAGGAACCUCCUCAGCCUGCCCAGCAGCCACAGCCUGAUGAGAGCACAUCAGACACAGGCUCCAGCGAGACACCCACCCAGUUCAGCUUGGAGCUGGAGCAGGAGGACCUAGGGGCUGAGGGGGGACUUCCAGUCACUUCACAGCCCAGACAAGAGCAUCCUAGGGCUGCUGGUGGCAGCAGCUCUGGUGCUCCUUCAGAGUGCUCAUUUGAGAGCGAGACGUUGUCCCUCUUUGCUGGGUACGGCACAGGAGGUGAAGGAGGGAGAGUUGUAGGUGCAGGGAAACGCGGCAGCCUGAUUGAGGCGUUGUUAUCAUCUCUUGGAGGAGCAGAGGGAGGCAGCAAUGAACCAACCGAUGAAGGACAAGAGUUUUCCUCUGAUUCUAUGAGUGAUCGCACAGAAUCUGCUGCGGAACCUGCGAGAGGAUUUGUCCCAGAACCCUUCGAUCCUUUGGAGCAACUGAAUCGUGCAACAGAAGCCGUGGAUUUACAAGAAGAACAAACAGAAACCAAAGAAGACACAAGACAGACAGAGACUUUGGAACCAAGUGGAGAACUGAAUGAGCUGGAAACCAGAGGAGGAGUUGGAUUCUUCUUUAAGGAGGAGGUACAUUGUGAGGGGGAGAUGGCCCAGAAAAAAGCUCUCCUGUUGGAAAGACAGCAGAAGAGAACAGAGGAGAUGAAGAAGAGGAGGCAGUGGCAUGAGCAAGAAAGAGAAAACAGACCAGCGGCAUCUCCCUGCAAUACACCUCCUGCAGGCACCACCUCCCCUUCCCCCACACCUCCCGCUACUCCGGCCCGUUGGGGAGAUUUCACACGAGGGGAGCAUGCAUGCCGGCACCAGCUCAAGAUCAUGGACGAUCUGGACAAAAUGCUGCGGCAGAAAUCAUCCAAUCAAGGACGACCUUCCGCGAAGAAAACCCGCUCUCGGCCUCGCAGCAUGACCAGAGAGGAGACUCAUCUGUCUCUGAGCCCCGCCAAGGGAACAACUGGCUCUAAAUUGACCAAAGUCUACUCCCACUCCUCCCUCAACCUGGCAGCCACGGGGGAGCUACGAAAACCUGGUAGUGACCCCACUAAGAAACCCCACAGCAGCCGCCCUGAUUCUCCUUUGGCAUGUGUGACACCGAGCAGACUGGCCAAUCAGAGCCGGGAUAAGGACUCGGAGAGUGGGUCCACUGGCACCUCACCCGCCCCAGAAUACACAGGUCCAAAGCUCUUCAAAGAACCGAGCUUCAAGUCCAACAAAUUCAUCAUUCACAACGCUCUGUCUCGCUGCUGCUUGGCUGGAAAGGUCAACGAGGCACAAAAAAACAGGAUAGUUGAGGAGAUGGAGAAGAGUCCGGCCAACCACUUCCUCAUCCUCUUCCGCGACACCAGCUGCCAGUUCAGGGGCGUCUACACCAUGAACCCCGACUCCCAGGAGCUGGUGCGAUUGGCCGGCGUGGGUCCCCGGGCGAUAAGCUCCGCCCAGGUGGAGUCCAUCUACAAAUACAGUUCGGACAGGAAGCAGUUCAGCGCCAUCCCCUCUAAAACCAUGGGCAUGAGCGUCGAUGCCUUCACCAUCCCCAGCCAUCUUUGGCAAGGAGGAGGAGGAGGAGGAGCAGCAGGAGGAGGAGGAAGCAGGAGAGCGAGCAUUACUAAGAAGGCGGUGAUUUCAAAGUGAGGAAUACAACACAACAUCACAGUGACAUGUGACUAAAGAAAACACUAUAAUCUCACUAAUUGUAGUGAAAAAUUAAAAAAGGUCACAUGCACACGGAUAAGCUUUUGAGAAUGUGUGUGCAUACACGUGUCUUGCCCUUGGACUUAACUAGAAAUACAGAAUAUUUAAAAGAUAUUUCUACUCCCCCGGUCUGUGCAUGAAAACAUCAACAGCACAACUUCGUUUCCCCGUCACAGAGAAUAAAGACGCACUCGUGUCCAGAGUGUACAGAGGGAGGUUUUUUUAAAUGUUAGGUCAAUUGCACAACGAAGAGUUACUUUUAAAAAGUCUCGUUACUUAUACUUUCAUUGUUUAAAGUACAAACUUGAAACUUUAUUAAGUUGUUUUUCUGAAAAACACGGACUUUCAUGUGACAUCGGAUGACUGUCCGGUCCCGUAGAAAAUCAGUUUUAUACAUUGAGCCAAACAACGGAGAAAAUGCCUUCUCGUGUCAGAGUGACUGGCAGGACUUUCAUUUUGUACAAACCCUCGAGUUUAUUUCUACCCACGUUUGUCAGCAGGUCGACCAAAGCGCAUUUGGUCCUGCAAAAUUGCGAUAGCCAUAAGUUUACGACGCAGAGAGCAGAGGUGAACUUUGUUUUGUCUGGACCGAGUCAAAGAUCUGGUGGUUACCACAGCAUGAAUGGUUAUUCACUGUGAAAGAUAUAAACUUAAAGUGAUAUCAGAGUAAGAACUUGCGGUUUGAUGAUGUUGAUAAUGGGUACACGUGUGAGCAACAGAUGCCAAUCAAACCACUUUUGUAAGCUGAGCUAAGAGUGUUAUGAGGAUGAUGUGUCAACAUUACAUUUAGAAAUACGUGGAUUGUUGCUCUCUGGGUCAGGGACGGGUUCUGAUAACCAGUUCCACUUCUGGAUCUGGUUCUAAGUUGAUAGAAUUCCUGUGCUUGUUCAGCUCUGAGGCAAAUGAAUCCUUUAUCGAAUCUCUCGUUCACGAUCCGUCCGAGUUUUUGAAAUGUGCAUUAAAAAAAGGGGAAAAUGAAGAAACCCUGCCUUAAAUAUUCUGCUGAUAUUCAGGUUCAUGAUUUUAAUUUGUGUCGUAACUGGAAAAGGUUUAGAAGCUUUAACGUUCAGAAAACACAUCACCUUCCUCCGUCGCUGCAGCUCCUCUUUUCAGGCUCUGUCUUAAACACUUAGCUCAUGACUCUUUGUUUGGGGGCGUGUCAGACUAGCUGUGCAUUACGUAAACGUGUCACAUGACGUCACAAUUCACUGGAGAAAUUGUUCGGACUUCUGACGAAUUUUACCACAAACUUUGCAGACUUUUUACAUACACAAAAAUCAAAUAUACUGUAAAUCACCAGAGGAAAGAAGAGCUAAAAAAGCAUCAUGUCUCCUUUACGAGCUGGUGUUACGCUUUUUCCGUGACUUUUGGCAGAGCAACAACAAACGUGCUGUCUGCUAACUUUGUGUACGUAGAGAAAUCUGUCAUUUAUUUGUUUACAUUUUAGUGACAUUUAACUAAGAUGUCUUCGUUUCUCAACAAACAAAACUACCAGACAAGAGUCGAUAAAGGAUUCCUAAUGAUUUGGAUUUGUUGAAGUUUCGCCUGAACCGGAUCCCUGGUCUUAGCAGAGUGCGUUCUGUUAAAUCGGUGUGUUUCAAACCAGCAUUCAUGUAUGAAAAAACAGAUUAAA